AUGCAGAUCACUGUCACUGACGCCGACGGCCAGGCUUUUGCCCUGGAUCUCACGGGGGAGGCGGAAGUCUCUGCGUUGAAAGACAUAAUUUCGGUGGAGUUGAACAUACCCCCAGAACACCAGCGGAUUCUUCUAGAUGGCCGGCCCCUGCCGAGCAGUGCGCGCACUCUGGCCGACGCUGGCGUGGCCGAGGGAGCCAUGCUCCUUGUCUUCAACGACAGCGCAGCAGCAGCAGCAGCAGCAGCAACCGGCGCUGCCGCAGCUGCUGCUGCGCCUGCUGCUAAUGCGCAGCGCCUGCAGCAGCAGCAGCAGCAGCAGCUGAGGCCAGCACCCCAGGCGCUGCAGCGCCAGCAGCAGCGAGGCCUCCUGCCCCUGGACUUCUCCAGCAUAGUUGUGGACGGCGGCCGCGUUGCCCAGUUCCCAGCAGGGGGGGGCCCGGGCCCCCCCCGCAGCCCUGCUGCUGCUUCUGCUGCUGCUCCUGCAGCAGCUUCAGCAGCAGCAGCAGCAGUUGGCCCUGCUGCGCGUCUAGCUGCCCCGGAUGUUGCUGCUCACCUGAAGCUGCUGGUGAGGCGGCGGGCCGAAGAAGCAGUUGCUGCUGCUGUUGCUGAUGCUGCUUCUUUAGCUCUAAUUAGGGCCCACAAUCCUGUUUUAGGAGAAGCCAUAAAGGCAGCAGUUGACGAGAGACAGCAGCAGCAGCAGCAGCAGCAACAGGGAGAGCCAGGCCCAGCGUUCACGCGGCUCAUGGACACCCUUGAAAAAGAAUACACAAACCAAAUCAAAGCCGAAGACGAGCGGUGGCGGCGGAUGGCAGCGAUUCAGCGGGAUCCUCUGUCUGCUGAGGCCCAGAGAAUGCUUUUGGAAGAUCUGCAGCAAGAAAGAAUAAAUGAAAACUAUUCAAUGGCUCGCGAGCACCUGCCGGAGGGUUUCGGGUCGGUGUGCAUGCUGUACGUACACCUGGAGAUCAACGGGGUGGCGUGCAAAGCUUUCGUCGACAGCGGCGCGCAACAGUCCAUUUUAUCUCUCGCUUUCGCGGAAAAAUGUUCUUUAUCUUCUUUAAUUGACAAAAGAUUCGCAGGACUCGCGCUGGGAGUGGGCAGGGCCCCCAUUAUUGGCCGCGUUCAUCUUGCACCCCUCAAGCUCGGCAGCAAGUUCUGCCCCUGCAGCUUCAUCGUUCUCGAAGACUCCAAAAUGCAAAUGCUGCUGGGCCUCGACAUGCUCAAGAGGUACCAAAUGGUCAUCGACUUGAAGAAAAACGUCCUCGUCGUCGAAGGAGAAGAAAUUCCUUUUCUUUCGGAAGCUCAAAUUGAUAAAGGACUUUUUGGAACUGGCGAGAGCCAUGAAGAGGUGGAGGCAGCAGCAGCAAAAACAGAAACAGAAAACGGGGCGAAGUAG